UUUCAGUCGUGUCUCACGCAACAGGUAAAAUACAUUUUAAUCAAUACUCUAUACUAAAGAUUAUCAUAUGUACUGAAACAAAGAAGCAGAAGUGCAGAUGAUCGCCCUAACAAUAACACUAAAUGGCCAAGAACAAUGCUCCCAAAUAACCAAAAAAAAGUUGAAGUGGCUGCACCAACCAUUCAAUGGAUAUUGUUUCUCUGUAUCUGCGCACAGUAAUAAUCUCAGGUCAUCACUAUAAAGAUGGUGAUAUGCUCCUAAGUGGAUAUGCUGGAAUCAAAAUCAAAUCAUUCUGUCAACUUAAAAACCUUCGUCCGUACUGCUGACCUGCUGCAUUUGGUACAUGUGUGGUGUAAACAGGAUGUUAAUGCAUUAAGUGUCAGAAUCGAGGGUGCGCAACGCAGGUGAGAGCCCAGAUGCACCUCACAGAGAGCUAAGAUACAGUUCCAGGGUUUAUAAUCAGGCAAGACAAAACUCACAGGCAGUGGAAACUGGUAACUGGCUGAACACACAUCAAACGACAAUGACCGAACAGGGACUGAACAGAAAAACCAAACAUAUAUACAACAGGGUUAACGAACAGUGGGAGGGUAUAAAUAAUAACUCAGACUAAAUAACGGAUGCAGAACUGAUCAAUAAGUAAACACACAGUGAACUAAACUCAACAGAUGACAGAACUAAAAAGUAGAUACCAAACCCAAACCUCAAAAUCAAGAAACAAAACCCAGAAACCAAAAUCAAAACACAGGGAAGGCAUGGCCAAAAUCAUACAAACACAAACAACCUCAGGACAGGAUCAUGACAUUAGGAGAUUUGAUAUUUCUGCCCGUUAGCAAGUGAUCGGACAAACUUGUAGCACAAGUUAUUCCUUUACCUUAUACUGUGACAUUUCAAAUUAAUUAAAAUUAUUCUAAUGUACUGAAAUUGUAUAUGGCCAAUUGAUUAUUACUAAGCCCAAACAAAUGAAUGUCAACACUGUGAAGGCUACAGGCUGAGUAUCAUUUUGAUGAUAAAUGAUUAUAAAUAAUGUAAGUUUGUUAGAAUAUGCACAUCUUUUUGUAUAAUAAGCUUUCACAGACAAUAUUAAUGGAUGAUCGGGCAAACUGCUAAGAAUGACAAAAAAAACCUUAGGAUGGUUUUGUGCACGACAGUGAUGUAACAAAGGAGCUAUUGUUGUUUUUUAACCCUUUUUGUUUUGUCUGACAGGAUUCGAAGUGAAACUGCCUCUCUAUGGUCUUUUGGGGGAACAGCUCUAAAUGUGGACAACCCUCAGUCCUCUAUGGGCUUCUAUGGUAUGUUGCUGCGUCAGGCUGUUUUCACAAAAGGGCCCUCUGCUCAUCAGGUAUAAAAAGGAAGGUUUCCAACAGGUAGAGAAGCAGUUCAGCUCCAAGUGCAGCACCACCAGCAGCAGCAUCACUUCUAGUGACAACACCAGGCAAAGAUGACCUCCAGCAGCAUGAAUAUGAUGGGCAAAAUCAUCUUCUACGAGGAAAGGAACUUCCAGGGCCGCUCCUACGAGUGCAUGAACGACUGCCACGACAUGUCCUCCUACCUGAGCCGCUGCCACUCCUGCAGGGUGGAGAGGGGCUGCUUCAUGGUCUACGACCGCACCAACUUCAUGGGAAACCAGUACUUCAUGAGGAGGGGCGAGUACGCCGACUGCAUGAGCAUGAUGGGCAUGAGUGACUGCAUCAGGUCCUGCCACAUGAUCCCCAUGCACAGGGGGUCCUACAGGAUGAGGAUCUACGAGAGGGAGAACUUCCAGGGACAGAUGUAUGAGAUGAUGGAGGACUGCGAUAACAUCAUGGACCGCUACAACAUGUCCAACUUCAUGUCCUGCCACGUGAUGGAAGGCCACUGGCUGAUGUACGAGCAGCCCCACUACAGAGGAAGGAUGGUGUACGUGAAGCCUGGAGAGUACAGAAACUUCAUGAACAUGGGCUGGAGCGGCAUGAGGUUCAUGAGCAUGAAGCGCAUCAUGGAUUCCUACUACUAGAUGAUGACGCAUGACGGUUACUAAGCAACUUAUCUGCAGCAGUACA